AUGUUGUUCAGAGGGAGAACCUGGGUUUGGUUAUACAUCAGGACAAGUAUCAUUCUAGGAAGUAAACUACAUAGCUCAGAGCCACAGGAGAAAAAUCUUUGUUAUCAGCUUAACAGAUUUAAGUGCAGCUUUGAGAAAGCAGAAAAUUACUGUCGUGCCCACGGAGGACACCUUGCUCAUACUUGGAACAAGGAAGUUGAAGAUUCCCUCCGGAACUUUCUGGACGAAGGAAAGAAGUGGUGGGUUGGGAAAGACAUUGACCUAAGGAAGCAUCAUGAGGAAAACCACCCAGCAGAUGUCACAGCAGCCCAUCCGCCAAAGCCCGUGGGCUGCACACACCUGUCCAGAAACUUGAAUCGGAUCUCAUCUGAAGAGGACGCUUGCUUACUGCGAUAUUAUUUCAUUUGCCAGACUGAUUCCUUUCCAGAUCAAGAUGCCAGUCAUGAAAGAAAUGAAAAUAAUUCCUCUUUAUGCCAGAGACCCAAGAAGAUAGAAAGAGAAGUUGCAGUACCAAGAAACGACAUGAAACCAGGAGUUGUUCAUCAUGACCCCCCAUGUCACCAUCCUGGUCUUCCUGAACGUCCCCUGUGUCCUCCCAUCCACCCCUUUCCUUUAAUACAACCGAAAGUCACGCGGCGGAUAUUAUCAGUUGCAUCUGUGCUGACCAGCCAGCCUCUCCCUGUGACGACAGAGCUCACCAGGCCUGUCGCACACGCUGGAAAAUCUCUGGCAGAAAUAACUUCAAGCCCAAAGGAGGACUCACAGUCAGAUGUCUUCACUUCCAUACGAGCAUCAUUUCAGAAUGCAUCUGACCAGGUCAGCGUCAUCGAUGCUCUUACUUACCUGAGUAGGCAGCUACUGGAGAUCCCGUUUCAGAACAGCAGCAGUCUGGGCGUCAGAUUCCCUGUUACCGUCUGUCUCUUUCACUCCCUUAACAACGUCAUGGAGGCUGGUGAGGAAGGUCGGCAGAACUCCGAGCAGGACACUGAGCAGGUAGAAGACAUGCUAGAAAUGUCCUUGGUGGCGCUUGGGAACAUCCAGGAAGCAUUUCUACAGCAGAACCAGUUUCCUGCGUCUUCAGUGACCUUGACCUCUUCCAUUGCCACUCUGAUGCUGAGCAGCCAAAACAUAUCAACUUUGCCUCUCAGCUCUUAUACUCUGGGUCACCCGGCACCUGUGAGGUUAUGCUUUCCAUCGGCUUCGGCUUUGGAGGAGCUCUUGAACAAACAUCCAGGAGUACAUGUCCAAAUGGCGGGACUAGCUUUAAAUCCCUUCAAGGAUUUUGGGGACGGAAACAUUGUUGGAAGCGUUGGAAGUGUGAAACUAAGCUCUAAUCGUACACUGCUCCAAGUCCGUGAUUUAAUGGAAGACAUUGAGAUCAUUCUCUGGAGAAAUGUUAGCAUGGAAACCCAUCCCAUCAGCCUCAACACGAGCACGGACCGUUUUGUGAUCACAGUGAACAUCACUUCUUUGGAGAAAACCCUGAUAGUGAGCAUAGAGCCUGAAAGUCCCCUGUUAAUGACACUCUACCUGGGCUUCCAGUGUCAGCCUAACCACACUCACUUCCACCUGAACAUCACCCUUCCGAAGGAUCAGGUGUGGCAGAAAGAUGAGGAGUACACGUGGGUGCUGACUCCAGAGAGCCUGCGGUACGGGACCGGCACCUACUGCAUAACAGCCGUGUGGAACGGGAGCCAGGACGGCGCUCAGCUGACUGCCCCCCUGGUCUCCGUCAUCACUGCCAUCACUCAGUGUUAUUUCUGGGACAGCCAGAACUGGACGUGGAGUAGCAACGGAUGCCAAGUUGGGCCACAGAGCACGAUUUUGAGGACACAGUGUCUCUGUAACCACCUGACCUUCUUCAGCAGUGACUUCUUCAUCGUUCCCAGGACAGUGCAUGUUGAAGACACAAUCAAACUGUUCCUUCGCGUGACCAGCAAUCCCGUUGGGGUGUCCUUGCUGGCCAGCCUCUUGGGAUUCUAUAUGAUCAUAGUCGUGUGGGCUUGGAGGAAGGACCAAGCAGAUGUGCAAAAGGUGAAGGUCACCGUCCUGGCUGAUAAUGACCCCGACUCUCAGUUUCGCUACCUUAUUCAGGUCUACACAGGAUAUCGUAGAAGGGCCGCUACCACAGCGAAGGUUGUCAUCACCCUCUACGGAUCAGAGGGACGGAGUGAGCCCCAUCACCUUUGGGACCCGCAGAAGACAGUGUUUGAGCGGGGAGGCCUGGACGUCUUCCUUCUCACCACUCGGGCCUCGCUAGGGGAGCUGCACGGCCUCCGGCUCUGGCACGACAAUUCGGGCGUCGGUCCUUCCUGGUAUGUGAGCCAGGUGAUCGUCAGUGACGUGGCGGUUGAGAGGAAGUGGCACUUCCUGUGCGAUUGCUGGCUGGCCGCGGACCUGGGAGACUGCGAGCAGGACCGGGUCUUCGUCCCGGCCUCGCAGCGAGAGCUCUUCUCCUUCAGACACACAUUUUCCUCCAUGAUUGUGGAAAAGUUCACCCAGGAUCACCUGUGGCUCUCGGUGGCAACUCGGCAUCCCUGGAACCAGUUCACAAGAGUCCAGCGGCUCUCCUGCUGCGUGACGCUGCUCCUCUGCGACAUGGUCACCAACAUUAUGUUCUGGAAGAGAAGCGGCACCAGUGCCAAGGGAGACGAGCACAUGUUGAGUCCAUUCGCUGUGACCUGGUCCGAACUGCUUAUCAGCGUCCAAACUGCUGUCAUCCUUUUCCCAAUCAAUCUUGUCAUUGAGCAGCUCUUCCCGUUGAUUCAACCACAGGAAACGCUGCCUCCCUUACCCCCGGUCCAGGCCUCCUGCCUCUCGGAUGCUUCUGUCCAGCCCCUCUCUCUCACAAAGGUGGUCGAGGAAUUAAAGGAAACUGUGGGAUUCCUGCUCAGGAGAAAUCCAUAUCUGCUCUCAAAGUGUGAUCAAUCUUCAUGGAGUUCUUAUGACAUUAACAAGCUGGUGGCACUCUUAUCCAGCCUAAUUUAUUCUCACUUAGUGGGUCAAGGUUGUCAUCAGCAGACAGAACCCCCCUGGGCAAAUGUGGUUUCCGAAAACCACCGUCACUUCUGCUGUUACCUGCUCCGAGUUCUGCAGAGGCUGAAAUCUCACGUAGGCACACUGCGUCUCACCCGGCUUCACCAGCCCUGUGACUCCCUAGAUGCAGCCAGCCAGCUUCAGAAACUCCAGGAACUCUUGGAAACACAUAUUCUUCCCACGGAGGAAGAGCCGUCCAGGGAGGUGACCAGUUUCCCCAUCCUGAGCCCAGCAGAAGGGAAGAAUCCCAUCGCUAGUGGCCUGCCCAGAUGGUUGACUUACAUCUGCUGGCUCCUUCUAGGGGUCACUAGCCUGACUUCAGCCUUUUUUACGGCACUUUAUAGCUUGGAAUUGAACAAAGACCAAGCCACCAGCUGGGUUAUUUCGAUUAUUUUAUCAGUGCUUCAGAACAUCUUCAUCAGCCAGCCAGUAAAGGUGAUCGUCCUCACAUUCUUCCUCUCACUGGUGAUGAACAGGGUGCCAUGGCUUAACAAGGAGAAGGACCGACAAACGAGGAGGGUCUUGGCACUCUCGGCAAAAUGUUCUUCACCAUUACCCAGUUCGAAAGAUAAGAACAACCCCAUCUACGUAGCCCCAGCUAUGAACAGUCCAAUGAAGCACCCAGAAAGAACUUUGAAGGAGAAGAAACUCUUCAGGCUGACUGGAGAUAUUCUGGUACAAAUCCUCUUCCUCAUCCUGUUGAUGACUACGGUCUACUCUGCAAGGAACUCCAAUAGAUUUUACCUCCAUCAAGCUAUCAGGAAGAGCUUUUCUCACCAUUUUUCAGAAAUCAAACUUCUUGAGGAUUUCUACCCCUGGGCCAAUCGCACCCUCCUUCCUAACCUGUAUGGGGAUUACAGAGGUAAGAGUCACAGUCCUGGAGCCCAGCCAUGCAAAUGUGGGGUGCAAUUAGUUUUCCAAACACCUACCGACAGUGAUGAGAAAUUGGAGAAAGGCCAGUGGGCUUCUUCGAUAUGGCUGCAACCCUGUGGGCACCCCGAGGGUCUGUUCCCUGGACCUCAUCUAAGCAGGUUCAGUUACAUCUGUUCACCCAGGCCCAUGGGGAUGGCUCCCACUGCUGUGUCCUACAAAAGGCUGACACAUAAGAAUGGGAAUGGAUUCAGUUACAGCACGAAAAGUGCUUUCUUCAGUUCUGUGAGACUGGACAGUUUACCUUCCCUGCAGACAUCAAAGAAGGGCUUUGCCUGGUCUAUCAUCGCACAAGCCAUCUAUUACCUACUUGUCUGUUACUAUGCCUUCGUACAGGGUCGGUGGCUGAAACGGCAGAGGUGGAGGUUCUUCACUAGGAAGAGAAACAGUCUGGUCACGAGCAUAAUCCUCAUUAGCUUCACCAUCUUGGGGCUUGACAUGAAGAGCAUUUCUCUCCAUAAGAAAAACAUGGCACAAUACCGCCAUGACCGCGACAGGUUCAUCAGCUUCUCUGAGGCAGUAAAAGUGAACUCUGCUGCCAUUCACCUCACAGGCUUCCUGGUUCUCCUGGCCACUGUUCAGUUGUGGAAUCUGCUGCAUCGCGAUGCCAGGCUGCAGGUCAUUGGCAGGACACUGAGCAAAGCCUGGGGCGAGGUGGUGGGCUUCCUGCUGAUCAUCCUGAUCCUGCUCACGAGCUAUGCCACUGCUUUUAACCUGCUGUUUGGAUGGAGCAUCUCUGACUACCAGACUUUCGUCAGCUCAGCAAUGACUGUUGUUGGUCUCCUGAUGGGAAUUUCUCACCAUAAGGAGGUUAUUGCUUUAGACCCAGUCCUGGGCUCCUUUCUGAUCCUCACCAGUGUCAUCUUGAUAGUACUUGUGAUAAUUAAUCUUUUUGUUUCUGCUAUUCUAAUGGCCUUCAGAAAAGAAAGAAAGUCCCCUAAGAGAGAAGCUACACUGGUAGAUAUGCUGCUACAGAAGUUCUCAAGUUUGUUAGGAAUCCAGCUACACCAGAACCCCUCAUCUAAGCAAGAAGCCACAACAGCAAUGGCCAAUGACACUGCGGUUUUAGAAGAUGAACUACCUUAAUCCUGUUACUUCCUAUCUUGGCUUAUUUCCUAGCAUAUUAUUAGUUACCUUUGCAUAGCUUAGAAAAUUAUAGAUGUAUUACUUUUUUUUCCCACCACUACCCCCUCCCUACACUUUGUUCUUAAUUCUGUUAGUCCCCUAGGCUCCAAGUUCUUGCUUAUGGAUCUUGGCACUGUUCAGGAGAGGAUAACACUGCAAGAACAUUACAGAAGAAACCAGCUCUGCUGCCAAGCAGCAAGUAACAGAACACCACCCAUGCCCCAGGAUGGCUGUGAGAAAUGAAUGAGUCAGAAGUGAGCUCACUGCAACUUACUAAAAAUAAAGAUAGAAGCCUGAACUCUGGCAGCUGCAGAACCCUGACACAGAGGAGUAACCAAACUCGCAGAUGCUAUCUGUGCUUAAAUGCAGAGAUCAAAAUAAGCCUUGCUCUGCUUCAGACAUCUGCAUUACUGAGGGGGCCGAAGGUGAGCGUUGGCUCUGGCUUGUACACCAACAUGGAUCACUUGCUUA